UACACGCUUCCUCACUACAUCUCCUCUCUUCCUCUACCAUGGCUUUCGCUGGGAAAUAUGAGCUGGAGAGUCAAGAAAACUAUGAAGAGUUUCUUGGAAUUAUUGGGCAACUCAAUGCCAAGACUGACCAAAAGGUGAUCACAGACGUGGUUCAGGACGGGAACAACUUCACCUGGACACAAAGCCUUCCCGGGUGGACUUGGUGCAAUAACUUCAUCGCCGGUCAGGAGUGUGAUCUGCAGACGAUGAAAGGAGACAAAUUCAGGGCUCUUGUCACUCUGGAUGGUGGAAAGAUUUCAGUACCAUUUCCAAAGUACCACUUCACUGCAGAGCUCAUUGAGGGUAAAUUGAUAAUGAAUUGCACAACUCCAGGAGAGAAGGGUGUGACUUUCAAAAGAAUAAGCAGGAGGGUCUAAAGCUGCAAGACAAGACACGCUUUGAUAGGUAAAACACAUCCUGAUAUGUUUGAGGCAAGAAGAACAAAGUAACCAUGUGCAGUUAAGAGAAGAGUGGACCUAGUCUUUGCUUCAGAAGACUGAGUUUUGGUGUUUUAAUCUCACAAAAGUGAUGAUACUACACACUGUAUCUCUACAAUGAUAAAAUGUUUGCCUCUGCUAAUGUCCAUGUUCAAAUAAAGUGAUUUAUAACAAGUUGCA